CUCCACUCUCCAAUACACAACAACUAAUUCACUCUAGAUAUUCUACUGCGUCUACCAUGAUGCUCUCAGUCCUAGGUAUCAGUCAUGGACAAAACCUAGUCAUCGAAUGAAGCUGCAGUAUAUCAUUCUUUGUUCUGUUACAUACAUCGCGAGCCCUACUCUUGUCCGUUCACUUCAAAGCUGUCCUUUUGAAGUAUCAUCUGUGCUGGGUUAAUUUCAAAUUAUCACAUGUAUUCCUUCGAAUAUACAAAUCACUUGUUCUGCUGCUUUAAUAAGAUAUGCGACCGGCGAACCAUGAGUAUCAUCAUCAGUGGCGUUUAUCAUGCCUGCAGGUGGCUGCCCCUCAUGCAUUUGGCUGCCUCUCAGCCUUCUCGCGCUUCUCACCUCUUACAAACCCUCUUACUUUCCUCUCGAUUGUUUUGUUCGUCGACUUGCAGUGCUUGCAUCUCGUCAUGUCGAGUCAAAUCUUCAUCACUACUAUCGUUGUGACUGAGUUGAACAUUACAGGAUUAGCUCCACUUUCUACUAUCUUUACCCCACCAGCAGACUGUUCGACCAGAUGGCUUCGUCCGAAUGACCGCGACUCCACAGUAUACAGUGGUGUAGCUCUAGGCUCCGACGUUAGUACUCAUGCGACCUACUAUCCCCAGUGCUACCCCUAUAGGGCUUUGCCCACCUACAGUCCCGGCAUAUGUCCCGAUGGCCAAACGAUUGCCGCAAUCGAGGAAACGCGCUUGGGUGUUUCUGGGUCUGGUGAUGUUCGAAGACUUUGGAAGGCAGCAUGUUGCAACAGUGAUAAUACCAUCAAUGUCAGCUUUGACACUUGGAAGUGCACGAGCAAGUUCAAGACACCAUUUACCGCCAUCGUGGCUUUCACCACAACAGAUGCCUCGGGGCGUGUCGCACAUCUAUUCGACAUCACUACCACCCGACCUACAACGACUACCAGGACAAGCGGUGACUCCAACCAGCUCGUUGGAACAAGUGUAACCAUGACGAUUAAAAAUACGGCUGUACUCUCGGCCGGUACAGCGCAAGCGACACCAAUCUACGUGCUCUGGGAGCUAGACGAUCUUUCCGCAUUUCCCCCAGCCUACGCAACAUCUCUGGCGUCUCAAAUUGGCGUUUCAUUCGGUGGUGUAGUGUCUAUCACUUCAUCUUCAUCAUCCGCCUCUUCUCUUACUUCCAGCUCCCUCUUCUUCCUCCGCAUCCCCAGCGUCUACAAACCCACCAUCAGACCCCGGCUUAAGCACUGGCGCGAAAGCGGGAAUAGGCAUAGGCGUCACGAUUGGAGUCGUCCUACUCGGUAUGGCCAUCAUUAUCUGUCUACUUCGGAGAAGGAAGCAACGAAAGGGUCAUACAAGUGUACCUGAGAUGGAAGGGAAUACCAAUGCGGGGCACAAGAGCUUUCUUGGUGGCAAAUGGAGGGCAGAAGCAGAGGCAACCCCGAAGCCAACGGAGAUGGACUCUCGAAGUGUCAAUGUUAUACCUGGGCCUCCUGUCGAGAUAGACGGGACACGUUGAUUGCGGUGUAGAAAGGAACGAGAGCCUACCUGGCCUGGAACGUCGAUACACGAUAUAUGGGUUUUUUGACCGACGAAACAUCAGUCCCCUGAAAUGACGUGAUGCUACCUCGUAUGCUUUUAUGAUCCUCAGGGCCUGGCAAUCGUUCGUCUUUUCGAAACAUGGUUUAUGAGCUUUCUCUCGAAUAUAUUACCUCAUCUAUCAUUACUCGAGCCAAGUUGAUGGUCAUAGGCAAACCGACAAGAUAGUGUUGAUGCUAAAUGGUGAUGUGCAGUGAGAUCAUAG